AUGCCUUCUCAGCAGUUUUUCCAUCUCCUCAAUGCUCUCAACACUCUGCAGCGGAGCGACAAAUUCUCUGCCUUCCAAGUAAUAAAUGCCCAAUACAAAUCAUCCCCGGACGAAAAUUCCCACAUAGCAGUGGAUAUUCUGGUUCCCAGGAUUCUUGCCGACACCGAAAUAUCAAGACCUUGUCCGAUCAUUAUCCGUAUCCAUGGAGGAUUUCUGGUAACAGGAUCGAGCCUUUAUGCACCGUGGUUCAACGACUGGAUUCUCGACUACGCCAUCGCAAACCGGGCCGUUGUCAUAUCCCCAAACUACAGACUUCUCCCAGAAGCGACAGGGAGAGAUAUCCUGGAUGACAUCCAUGACUUCUGGCACUGGCUCCGAAAUACAGCCUCUGUGGAUGGGAUCCUGCGGCAGACUGGUGCCGGAGGCUAUCUAGCCACUCAAUUAGCGAUCACCUUCCCGUCGGCUAUCAACAGCGUGAUCGCGGCAUAUCCAAUGCUCGACCUGCGUUCUCGAUUCUACACCGAAUCAUAUUCCAAGCCAAUUGUCCAUGUCCCCAACAUCCCCGCGAGUGUGCUCAUGGACCACCUCACGGCCAACAAUGACACCGGGACCUGGAUCACAGCAGUAGAUCCGCCCGAUCGCCUUGAGUUAGCAUUCUCCAUCGUCCAAAAUGGUCUGUUUCUGGAUGUUCUAGGCGCAGAGGACAAAUAUCUUUUCCCGAUGGACAGAAUCGAGGAUUUACUAUCUGCCGGAAAGAGCAUCCGACUUCCGCCUAUGUUUAUUUUCCACGGGGAACAGGACUCCGCGGUCCCCAUUGAGGGGUCGAGAAAAUUUGUACAGUUUUUGCGGAGAAUGGCUCCGACUACAUCAGUUAUGUUGUAUACUCAAGACGGGGAUCAUGGUUUUGAUGCGGGUGCCACGCUUGAGACGCCUUGGUUGAGGGAUAGGUUGGCGAGGAUCUCCGCGGCGUGGUUGAAGCAGUCGAGUGCAAAUUUGUAG